CACCGAGAUUUGCACAUUUCCAGGAUUUUACAGUUACGUCGCUGUUCGUGAUUAGUAGCUCAGUAAAAACGAGAACUGGGCUGUGCAUUGGUGAAACUGCUGUAGGAAUAUAGGGUGCCUUGACAUUUUCUCCAUUUAUCGGAGGCAAGGACUCUUCUAUCGUACGCCACACAAUCUUUUUCUGGGUCUAUUUGACAGGUUUCGUGUCUCGUGGAGCUUCUGACUGCACACCUGAUGCAUUUCAGGUCAAGGACAAAAUUGUCACAGCAAGUUCAAUCCCAAACCUUGGUAGGAUGGAUUAACCUCUAGAUUUGCCUGACUGGACACUCCAGGUGUCGGCAGCACCCAAUGUCCUUUCUACAUGAUGAGUGUGACCUGAGGAGGACUCUGGGUUUGUUAGACGGAACCACUAACACUUCUGGACUCUUCCACCCAAGUUUCUGCCCCCGUUUGCCACUCGUACGGCACGGGGACUGACAUGAAGAAAGUGGCCCAGUGGUCAACUGAGGACGUGCGCCAGUGGCUGACCAAUGAGGGAAUGCAGGAAUACUCUGAGGCCUUCCUCCACCUGGACGGCCAGGGCCUCCUGCAGCUCUCCAAGGCGGACUUCCAGACGGCCCCUCUGGUCCUUGUCACCUCGGACAGAGGCAGACAGCUUUUGGACAAGUUGGAGACUCUCAGAAUAGAGCACCACAUUGAAGCACAUAAAAAUGGGCAUGCCAAUGGACACUCCAUAUUGACCGUCAUCAAUGAGGUAAAUGGGAACAAGCCCAAGAGUAACGGUCUGAUCAAUGGGUUUCACAAGGAACGGGUUCAGAUCCACAUGCCUGAGAUCAACCGCUCUCCGUUCCCUGAAGAGUGGGGGAAGACUGGCGUGGCUUGCAUCUACGCCAUGGUCUGCUUUGUCUGCACCACCAUCAUUAUCUCUGUGGUCCACGAACGCGUGCCUCCCAAAGAGGCUACUCCGCCCCUGCCAGACAAGUUCUUUGAUUUUUUUGACCGAGUAGACUGGGCUUUUUCCAUAUGCGAAAUCAACGGCAUGAUACUGGUCGGCCUGUGGCUUCUACAGUUGACACUGUUAAAAUAUAGGUCCAUUGUUGGUCGACGUUUCUUCUUCAUCGUUGGCACACUGUACCUAUACAGGUGUAUCACCAUGUACAUAACCACACUCCCUGUGCCAGGAAUGCAUUUCAAGUGCUCUCCUAAGCUGUUUGGGGACUGGGAGUCCCAAAUGCGGCGAGUCAUGAAGAUGAUUGCAGGAGGAGGCCUCACCAUCACUGGCUCGCACCACAUGUGUGGGGACUACCUUUACAGUGGCCACACAGUCAUGCUGACACUCAGCUAUCUCUUCAUUAAAGAAUACUCUCCAAAACGGUUCUGGUGGUACCAUUUGAUCUGCUGGCUGCUAUGUGCUGUAGGCCUCUUCUGCAUUCUCUUGGCUCAUGACCACUACUCCAUAGAUGUGGUGGUGGCUUACUUCAUCACCACACGCCUAUUCUGGUGGUACCACACCAUGGCCAACCAGCAAGUGCUGAAGGAAUCAUCGCAGAGCAACUUUUUCUCAAGGGUGUGGUGGUACCGAAUUUUCCAGUACCUGGAACAGAAUGUCACAGGCAUCGUCCCUCGGAACUACCAGAUGCCGCUGUCAUGGCCACCGGCCCAAUGGAGUCAAGUGAAGUACAGCCGUAUUGACACACAGUUCCCGUGACAGUGGGAAGUGACCCCCCCCAGGAGGACAUGAUGGUGGGUCUCUUAACAACACUCUUUAAAGUGCCACAUCUAAUCACAAGAAGAUGCCCUAUCUAUCGAACUUUGAUGCUGUUCCAGCUCCCUUUAACGUUCUCCUGUAACAUGCACUCCAGUCCAACUGGCUAGUACUGUGACAACCAUCGUUUCAGCCAAAAGAUGUCACAUUGGAAAACAAUCAUUCUAUCCUCUCGAGGCUACUCUGAAAGUAAUGGUUUCCAGUGGGUGGAUCGCAAGCAUUUCAAAAGUGGGUCCAGAUCUAUUUCAGCUCGCAACAGGAAAUCUAUAGUUAAAGGCUAAUAUCUCCCUCUGUAACCGGUUACUGAAAUGUUAUUAAAUAAACAUGUUUGUCACAGCGAUUGGGCUGUUCCAAAAGUUUGGUGUUAUCAUGCUCAGAUGUUUUACAGAGUUUUGGUUCAAAAUAGCUUUGAGAACUGACCUGUCGUGAAGCAGGAGGCGUUUUUUGUAGUGACUUACAUUUUGUAGUUGUCUAAAAUAAGCUUCGCCAAGGUGUAAACUAUUUUCUAAGCAUAUAACAGGUUUAUUCAAAUUAAUGCUUUACAUUUUUACAGUUAGGAGACUAUAGCAAAAAGGAGAAAAUAAAUUAGUAACAAUAUUCCUCAGUGCCUUUCUUGUUGUGAUUGUACAGUAAGUGUAUCAGUGUCCUCAUUAAUGUUGACUUGAAUGACCGUUUUUAAAGUGCUACAACAGCAUUUAUACUUUAACAGAUAGGAGGGUGUUUAAAUGAACCUGAUGCUGAUCACCGAUUACAGCAUAGACAGUUGAGCAAUUACGACUCCAUGACAUUUUCUCCCUGUUUCUGAAUGUAAAGAAUCAUGAAAUUCUUUUAACCAUAUCAGUGUCUUUCCAAGUCAGUCAUGUUUGCUUAAAAAAAAAAGAACAUUUCUUAUUUUCCAUUGAUUUAUUUAUUACAUCGAUAAUUUCUUGUGUUUUUGCUUGGGAUAUUGGAUUCCCAUGUCAUUUCUUGCCUAUUAUGCCAAAUAGCUGCAUUGUUUGGGCUGUCCUUUGACCCAAAGGUUAGGUUAGUGUGAUGGAGAGGGAGGUUAAAAGCAAGAUUUUAUUGAGUGGUCCUGACAAUUUCUCAGCUUACUGAUGACUGACCCAAAUGCCCCUCUCCUCAAUGUAUAUGUAUACCUCAGAAGUGUCGUGUUAACCAACCAACGAGAAGAGCUGAUUAUGGUGUAACCAUGGAAGAAAUUAAUCCAAAAGGAAAUAAAUAAUAUUUAGCACACCUUAAUCUGCGAUUAUUUUGUUUUAUUUAUGUACUGGAGAAGUGAUCUUUCUCUACACAAUUUGGUCAUGACAGCUUUGCGCAGUCUUGGCGUUCUCUCAACCAGCUUUGUGAGGUAGUCAUUUCAAGUAACAGGUCUGCCUUGUUAAAAGUUAAAUUGUGGAAUUUCUUCCCUUAUUAAUGCGUUUGAGAUAAUCAGUUGUGUUGUGACACGGUAGGGUUGGAAUACAGAAGAUGGUAUUUUACCAGAUAGGGCUAAGUUCAUAUUAUGGCAAGCGAAGCUCAAAUAAGCAAAGAGCAACGAAAGUCCAUUACUUUAAGACAUGAAGGUCAGUCGAUGCAGAACACUUCAAGAACUUUUAAAGUUUCAAGUGCAGUCGCAACAUCCAUCAAGCGCUAUGAUAAACUGGCUCUCAUGAGGAUCACCACAGGAAAGGAAGACCCAGAGUUCCCUCUGCUGCAGAGUUCAAGUCACCUCAGAUUGCUGCCAAAAUAAAUGCUUCAGAGUUCAAGUAACCGACAUAUCUCAACAUCAACUGUUCAGAGGAGACUGUGUGAAUCAGGCUUUCAUGGUUGAAUUGCUGCAAAGAAACCACUAUUAAAGGACACCAAUGAGAAGAAGAGACUUGCUUGGGCCUAGAAACACGAGCAAUGACAUUAGACCGAUGGAAAUCUGUCCUUUUGAUCUGAUGAGUCGAAAUUUGAGAUUCACUGCUGUGUCUUUGUGAGACGCAGAGUAGGUGAACGAAGGAUCUCUGCAUGUGUGGUUCCCACCAUGAAGCAUGGAGGAGGUGUGGGGGUGCUUUGUUGGUGACACUGUCAGUGAUUUAUUUAGAAUUCCAGGCACACUUAACCAGCAUUCCUACCACAGCAUUCUGCAGCGCUACGCCAUUCCAUCAGGUUGCACUUAAUCCCACUAUCAGUUGUUUUUCAAAAGGACAAUGACCAACACACUUCCAGGCUGUGUAAGGGCUAUUUGACUAUGGAGAGUGAUGGAGUGCUGCAUCAGAUGACCUGCCUCCACAAUCACCUGACCUCAACCCAAUUGAGAUGGUUUGGGAUGAGUUGGAUCGCAGAGCAAAGCAAAAGCAGCCAUCAAGUGCUCAGCAUAUGUGGGAACUCCUUCAUGACUGUUGGAAAAGCAUUCCAGGUAAAGCUGGUUGAGAAAAUGCCAAAAGUGUGCAAAGCUGUCUUCAAGGCAAAGGGUGGCUACUUUGAAUAAUCUAAACUAUAAAAUACAUGUUUUUGUUUUUUUGAAACAAUUUUUGGUUACUACAUGAUUCCAUAUGUUUCAUUUCAUAGUUUUGAUGUCUUCACUGUUUUAUUCUACAAUGUAAAAAUAAAGAAAAACCCUUCAAUGAG